AUGUGUGCCGGCAAAUUUGGCACAAAGACAUGUGGUGCAGGUCUUAGGUCUUCACCCCCAUGCCUCAUUGGGAAGCUGAAAGGGGUUGACUCUGACUCCAAGUUGUCCCCAAUAGCUCAUGGGAGAGUUUUCGCUGCUUUCUUUCACUGGGAGUGCCACUCCGUGCGCUUUGAACCAUCUCUCGUCCUGAAGUUGAACUUGCGCUGCAUCCACACCACCGCUGAUAACCUGCCGGACAUCUGCAAGCUGAUGACUCCGGCGGCGCUUUGUUUUCGGAGUCACGUCAGUGGUUGCUACUCUCGGCCUUGUUACCCGUACAAAGCUAAUGGGCUAAAGAAUACAGUAUUGUUGUUGUCUAUUCAUGUGUGUUUGAGGGUAUAAUUAUCUUACCUGCCCUGCUGUAGGAAGUGUCAAUACAGUGGAAGAGGAAGAACCUGCUUCGGUGUUCAGUAUGCGCUUCACUACUGAGGUGGCUAGCCUUUUCUCUGUGUGUGUUGGUGGUGUGUCAGUAGACUGAGUUAGGAGCUGUCCAACUGUCAGUUUGGAUGGAGAUGGGUAAGACACUACCUUACACCCAGUAUCCAGGUGCUCCUUUAUGUUAUGGAGCUGGGUGGUCGUGUUGCAUACACUGCAAUAAUUUGUGUGACCAACGAUGAAGCUGAUUUUGGGCCUGUGUCAUGUUGUUCUUCACAACAGGCGUAGGUGCCGUCCUCUGAGUUCAUGAUGCAGGUGUAACAAAACAACCUGUCACAGGGAGUUGUGACAGGCCUGUCUGCGACACACAUGCACUUUUUGCACAGGAGAUCAGUGAGUGCUAUGUUCUGAGCUGGUGGUAAAAAUCUGGAUGGGGAGAGUGGCAUGCAGUCUCCCCAACUUCGAUGUCCAGUCUCAUGGAGCUGUUGAGCCAAUGUCCCUUUCCUUGGUCUCCCCCUUUUCUUAGUUGCUUUAGGAAGACGUCCUCUGGACUCAAAGCCACUAAAGUGACUACACAUUGAACAGUCUGGCUCAGUGUGUGGAGUCCACUGAAAGACAGAGAGUGAACGCUGAACGUGUGGAUUUUCACUGUACUGCCUCAUUUUUGUAUGGCACGUGUUACAAAUGUACUCUGGAUGUACACCCUUCUUGUCUUCUCUGAUGUUAACUCUGUAUGCAGUGUUUCUUUUCCUCUACAUUCAUAGGAACAGCUCCUUCUCCCCUUAGACUUCUGUGUAAAGUUCCCACAUAUGCGGCAGCACCGCUUCAACUGAUGUUGAUG